AUGCCACCGAAGGUACACCAUACUCCCAAGGCAGAGCCCAUCAUCAGCACUGAGAAGGUAGAUUCCAAAGCAUGUUUAAUGCAUCAACGUACCAAGAUCCAGAAUAGAGUAAGCACGAUAAGCCGAACGCUGGAGGAAGCAAAUAACGAUCCCAGUAAAAUAAGUGCAUCACUGCUAAAACAAUCACUUAGAGCUCCAGUUCCCACUUUCGAUGGGAAGGUGGAAAAUUGGCCGAAAUUCCGAACAAUGUUUGAAGAUAUUAUCGGGCGUAGUUGUAAUUCCGAUGCAGUAAAGUUACAUCACCUUGAUAAGGCGCUAAUAGAUGAUGCUUCUGGAUUAAUUACGGCAAAAAUGAUAGUUGACAAUAAUUUUCAACAAACAUGGAAGCAGCUGAGCGACCAAUUUGAAAACCCAAGAGUAAUCGUCGAUACUCAUCUUGAAGGACUGCUCGAGAUGAAACCGAUGACCAAACGCAACCAUAAGGAUUUACUCGAGCUACUAAAAACAUUUAACCGACAUGUUGGUGGUCUCGAGUACCAAGGACUAGUAGUUGAUGAACUUUCUGGUCUUAUUCUCACGAAGAUCCUUACCACGCGAUUAGAUGAACAAACUCUUCAACUGUGGGAGAGAACCCAGCAACAUGCCAAAUUGCCCAAAUAUGAAGAAACCGCACUGUUUUUACGAAACGAAUGCCAAGUUUUGGAAAGGUUCCAAAAUCGGCACCAGAUUACAACAAGAGAAGCCGUACCAAAACAGCAAUCCAGUUCAAGAACACUCAAUCAAAAAUCACAUGCUGUAACUACUGUCACUGGUGUAAGUUCCUGUCAGGUAUGUGGCGGCAACCAUCGUCAUUUUGAGUGCCCGGAGUUCAACAAACUGUCAACAACUCAACGAAUUGAGAAAGUGAAGGAGCUGAACAUUUGUUUCAAUUGCCUUCGGCUCGGUCACAGGUCAUUGGACUGCUCAUCAAAAAAAUCCUGCUAUCGCUGCCAUAAGAGACAUCACACUUUACUACAUGAAGAGAGUGUUUUUAAAGAAGCCCCACCAUCAAGCCAGACUCCAGUUCCAAUGUACAAAACCGGCAAGGACAGUUUGAAAUAUCCGCAAACUGUUGUAGCUUGCAGUAAUUCUAAUUCCAAAACCGUGAUGCUUAUGACUGCUGUUGUGCUAAUCAAGCAUCAGUGUAAACGGACAAUACCAUGUCGAGUUCUAUUGGAUUGUGGUUCGCAAGUAAAUUUCAUUUGCAAGACCUUGGCAGAUCGUUUGAAGUUUGAAAAACAGGCUGUGUAUGUUCCUAUUGCUGGAAUUGGAGAAGCCAAAGCUUGUGCCAAGGAAAAACUAGUGGUGAAGGUGGAAUCCAGAUUAUCCGAUUUCACAACAUGCAUCGAAUGCUUAGUGGUUCCCAAAAUUACCGGACCUAUUCCAUCUGCAAAAAUCGAUAUUUCUUCGUGGCCAAUCGACGUUAAUCUACCUAUGGCAGAUCCAAAAUUUAACAUCCCUUCUGAUAUCGACAUGUUAAUCGGUGCUUCACAGUUUUUGCGGUUGCUGAAAACAGGUCGAAUGCAGUUAAAGAAUAAUUUGCCAGAACUUCAAGAAACACACUUCGGAUGGGUAGUUGCAGGUGAUUUCGACGGUGCAAUUACUUCUCAGCAGUGCUUAGUAUCCACAACCGACUCCAUUUCCGAUAUUCUUCGCCAAUUUUGGGAGCUGGAGGAAAUUGCAGAGUCUGCUACUUUGAGUUUCGAGCAAGAUGAGUGCGAAAAAAUAUUCCAAUCCAGUCAUGCUCGAGACGUGACCGGUCGUUAUAUGGAAUAUUGCAAGUUUAUCGAGGAAUACGAGCAGCUAGGUCAUUGCCAAGAAGUGGUUGAAUCUGAUGAUGAUAUCAGUUGUAGCGGUUAUUAUCUGUCGCAUCAUGCUAUUUUCCGCCUAUCAAGUUCAACUACCAAAAUUCGGGUUGUCUUUGACGCUUCUGCCAAAUCAUCGCGAGCUGAGAAGUCAUUGAACGAUUUUCUACAAGUCGGAGCAACACUUCAGAGUGACAUUUUCAGCAUUCUACUACGGUUUCGAAAACAUCAAGUGGUGUUUACUGCCGACAUUACAAAAAUGUACCGGCAAAUACGCGUUAUACCUGAGCAUACAAGGUUUCAACGAAUAUUUUGGCGUUCAAACCCAGACGACCCUCUUCGUAUUUUGGAACUUACAACAGUUACCUAUGGGACAUCUGCAGCUCCUUAUUUGGCUACCCGUUGUUUAAUGCAGCUUUGCGAAGAUGAUGGCGAUUCAUUCCCACUCGCUGAACGAAUUAUCCGUCUAGAUUGUUACGUAGAUGACGUCAUUUCAGGUGCGAAUACUGUAAGAGAGGCGAUUGAAUGUCAAUCUCAAAUACAGCAACUACUUGAGCGAGGUGGUUUUCCUGUUCACAAAUGGUGUUCCAAUGCCAUAGAAGUUCUCAACCAAAUUCCCGAAUCCGAUCGUAAGAAAUUAGUGCAUCUUGAUAACAGUUCAAUUAACGUAAUGAAAACAUUGGGUUUGAUGUGGAGCCCACAACAGGACGAAUUUGUGUUCAACGUCAAUAUUACCAACAGAGAAGAAAACCCACAUACGAAGCGCUCGGUACUAUCCGAGAUUAGCAGGCUGUUCGACCCGCUUGGUCUCAUAUCUCCAGUUACCAUUAUUGCCAAAAUAAUUAUGCAGAGGAUUUGGAAAGCUGGACUCGCUUGGGAUGAUCCAUUAAAAGAAGAGUUACUUGCGUCAUGGCUGCAAUUUCGUAAAUCGUUAUUCCAUGUUAACAGUAUAAAGAUUCCCCGAUGUACUAUAACUAGUGGUGUCAAAAAUAUCGAAUUUCAUGGUUUCUCAGAUGCAUCUGCUGCUGCAUAUGGUGCAGUCAUCUAUACUCGUUGCAUCCUGUCUGAUGGUACAAUUCGACUGAAUAUGCUGUGCAGUAAAUCCAAGGUAUCUCCGAUUGCAGAAAUGACUAUUCCACGUAAAGAAUUGCUUGGUGCUCGAUUACUGUCUCGUCUAUUGGUGAAAGUCCUGGAUUCCUUCCAAUUAAAAAUAUCAGAUGUGAUUAUGUGGAGUGACAGUCAGGUAGUUCUAGCAUGGCUUAAAAACCUUUACCAUCACUUGAAUUGUUCGUUCGAAACCGUAGGUCAACUGCCACUCGCUUUGAGUACAAAUGAGCUUUGGUGGAACGCGCCGAAGUUUCUAAGCAAAGCCGAUUACAAUUUGGAGAUUCCUGAUGAUAUUCCAGAUGAAGAUCUUCCAGAAUUAAGAAAGGUUCACCUUAUUGUGGCCCCUGUUGUCAACGAAGAAAGAUUCAUCAGUAAUUGUAAAUUGAAAUCAUCGAAUGAACGAAGUUUGUAUCACUAUCUUACAAUCCAAGAACUUCGCUCAGCACUACAUUUGAUUGUCAAGGUGAUUCAACACGAAACUCUUGGUGACGAGAUUCAUCGUAUGAUGUCCAGAAGGCCGUACAAAAACAUUUCUUCUCUUGAUCCGAUCUACGACGAUGGCAUUUUGCGUGUUGGAGGAAGGCUUCAGAACUCUCGUUUGCCUUUCGAUAUGAAGCACCUAAUCAUACUUCCAAAACAUCCAAUUACUGAUCAACUCAUCCGUACAUACCAUGAAGAAAAUAUGCAUAUAGGUCCUACUACUCUGUUAACAACUUUAAAUUUACGUUUCUGGCUGCUAAAGGGAAGAUCAUCUGUCAGAAAAAUAACCAGGAGCUGUAUCACAUGUUUCCGUUCCAACCCUAGAAGUUCCAGUCAAUUGAUGGGAAAUCUGCCGUCUUGUCGAGUUACACCCACAGCACCGUUUCUGAAAACAGGUAUUGAUUACGCCGGACCAGUAUUUGUCAAAGAAGGUCGACAUAAACCAAAAAUAGUGAAAGCCUACAUAGCAGUAUUUAUUUGUAUGGCAACCAAAGCAGCCCACUUGGAAUUGGUUUCAGAUACAUCAACCGCCGCAUUUCUUGCAGCAUUGAAGCGUUUCGUCAGCCGAAGAGGUUUUUGUCAAGAAAUUUACUCCGACGACGGUUCCAAUUUCAAGGGAGCUAAGUCUGAAUUACACGAGCUAUACCUCCAAUUUCAAACCAGUAGUGCUAUCAAUGAGAUUUCAUCAUUCUGCCAGCCCAAAGAGAUUUCUUGGAAAUUCAUUCCACCGGAAGCACCGAACUUUGGGGGCUUGUGGGAAAGUGCCGUAAAAACCGCAAAAUAUCAUCUCAAGAGAACAUUGAAGGCUGCUCAUCUGACAUUUGAAGAAUAUGCUACAGUUCUUAGCCAAAUUGAGGCUAUAAUGAAUUCUAGACCGUUAUGCGCAACAUCCGAUCCAGAAAUAGAUAUAUUAACUCCGGGCCAUUUUUUAAUUGGUCGUUCCCUCAUAGCUACCACAGAGCCUUGUUACAAUGAAAUACCAAUCAAUUGUCAGUCAAGAUGGCAAUACCUUCAACAUCUCCGAAGUGCUUUGUCUUACAAAAAGCUAACGGAUUUAAUGAUUGCUGGUAGAAGUAAUAAUGACAUUUUACAGUAUAUCAUUCAAGAAUCGCGUAUGAAAACCCCCACCUGGCGUGUUAGCAAACUGAACAAGACCGUGAAGGGAAGGGAUACAAAUAUAAAAACUGUGUUUAGAAAACAUUUGGGCCUACGUAUCGGUGAGCCAUUGCCAUCAGGAGGUAAUUCCAAUGACGGAAACACGGCCCGGAAAUUUUUCAAGAAGUGGAAAGAAACAGCAGAUAUAACAGGCCUUGAUGAAACACUGUUGGAAGGAUUUCACGUUGUUCUCAGUGUAAUCAAUAGCCGAUAA